CCCGACAAUAUCAUGUCGCUUUCUGUUUUCGUACUUUGGUUGUUUAUUGGUAAGGCACACGCCUUUACAACGGUCGACACUCAAACGAAACAAUUCCUAGAUGAAUCGGGUCGUGCAAGAAUAUUCCAUGGAGUUAAUGUUGUUUACAAAAAGGCACCAUAUUACCCUCCACUAGCAAACUUUGAUCCUCAGUUGUCUUUCGGAGAUGAAGAUGUGAAGUUUCUAAAGGAGCAUGGAUUCACUAUGGUUCGAUUGUAUGUCUCAUGGCAAGGAUUAGAGACACAGAAGGAUAAGUACAACUCAACAUAUCUAGAUAUCAUUGAGUCUCUUGUAAACAAACUGGGAUCAAAUGGAAUUUACAGUCUCUUGGACUGCCAUCAAGAUGUAAUGUCACGCAAGUUUUGUGGAGAGGGAUUUCCAGACUAUGCCGUGUUGUAUCACAAUCGUAGCAAGAAAUCUUUGCCAUUUCCGAUGUUGAUACCAUCGUUGAUACCAUAUGAAGUUGAUCCAAAAACUGGCUAUCCCUAUCCAAACGAAUGCAAGAAGCAUCCAUUCUUCUCGUAUUAUCUCAGUGAUGCCAGCUGCAAAGCCUGGCAGAGCCUGUUUGAGAAUGAGCAGAACAUACAACAUAGGUUUGGUCUUUUCUGGGAACGAGUUGCUCAAAAGUUUGCCGACAACCCAUACAUUUUAGGGUAUGAACUGUUGAACGAGCCAUGGUGUGGAGACAUAUAUGAAAACCUUAAGCAGUUGGAUCCAGCUUAUACUGAUUUAACAUUCUUGGCUCCGAUGUAUGAAAUGCUGCAUACAAGAAUACGAAAACACGACGACAAACAUAUCAUUUUCUUCGAGCCGGUUGCCAAUGGAGUGACAUUUCUUCCAGUCAAGGAGAUAGCAGAAGGUGGGUUUAAGCAAGGACCAGGAGGACCAGCCUAUAAUAACAGGCAGGUGUACUCAUUUCAUGUUUAUUGCCCUUUGCUGAAGAUCAAAGAAAUAGAUCCUACUGCAGUCUGCCACUUCCUAGACCAAAAGACAAUCAACAUCCGGCUGGACGAUAUGAAAACAAUGCAAACAGCAGGAUUCGUAACCGAAUGGGGAGCCUACAAAAAUUUUGAACCAAAUUCAACAAGCUCAAGAGAGGCAAACUACCUGAAGACACUCUAUGAUAGUAACCUCCUUUCGUGGACCUACUGGCAAUACAAACGCUACAAUGACGUCAGUACAACACAACAUGGUGACGAAGGGUUUUGGGACAUAAACGGUCACCUUCAAGAGACCAAAGUCAGGACACUGUCCUACCCCUAUGCUACAGCAGUUGCUGGUCACUACAUCAGCAUGUCAUAUGAUGAAGGCAAUGGGACAUUCAAUUUGGUGUACAAAGCAGCAACUGCAGUUCAUGAGCCAUCGAUGAUAUUCCUUAGUGAAAAGUAUUAUUAUCCUCGUGGAUAUAACGCAAGUGUUGUGCCUGAGAAGGCAGCUGAUUUGCAUUACGAGUUUCCAUUCUUGAAAGUUUAUCACACUAAGCUUGUAAAGGAUGGAGAGCAAAUUCACGUUAUUGUUGAACACAAGGAGUGACCAGUACUGCACUACUAGCUUCUGUCUCUACCUGCUACAUACUCUAUGUUACUAAGCAAUAGUGUCUAGCUUUGUAAGACAGUAAGAGCUGCUAUUGUUUUUCUCCACUUAUGUUUCAUUAUGUGAAGCCGAACGACGACCGUAAAAUCUGCUGUAGUAAAUGAGUUUAAACUGUCGUAUACCUUCAGGUUUGCAGAUUAUUGCUUUGCAUACAAUCAGCCAUUAAUUGCUUAUCAGAUAAUAAUCAUUAUUAAGUGGACAAACUGACGUCAGCAAAUUGUAUGAAACAAGCUCGCGCUAUUGAGAGUU